GUAGCUGGGCGAAAAGCUCUCUUUGCUGUUUCCAGCCGAAUCUUCUCGCUGCUAGAAGAUAUGGAGAGAAAGCAGAUUGCGAUGGGCAACGAACAAUCUGGCACCGAUCACAUGAAGUCACGUCGAAGUCUGGACGCCAAUUUUUUACGUCAGGUGAACUCGGCUCAGUCGACACCUCGCACAUCGACAGCAGUUCCACACCUUGAGCACAAGUUCUCCGAAUCAGCGCUGAACGUCAGUCCUUGUCCGACGAAGCGGCUCAGCUCGGAUUGUCCCGAGCUUAAGUACUAUAAGCCGAAGCUUUCGCUGUCGGCGUUACCUGAUAUGGGCAAUCAGCAAGGACGACGGCUAAGUCGCGCUGCUGUUCAGAUGGAGAACGGAGAGACUGGAUCCACGCUCGCCGAUUCGCUAAAGUUGACCCAAUAUCAAAUACAACUACUACAGUCGACAUGGUCAAAGUUGAAAUCAACCUCUACUUUCACGCAAGUUUUCAAAUUACUAUGCUUCAAGUCGACACAAAGCCGAGAAAUGUUCCAGAAAAUGUCUAUUGUUGAAGGAUUUCGAACAAACCAGUGCUGCGACCUGAAUAUGCACGCAAAGGUAUUGUGCGACCUAUUCGACUCUAUUGUGUCAGACUUACAGCAAUCAUCGAAAAUUGUUCAAGCUCGAUGCAUGGAUAUAGGUGGCUCACACGUCAAUAUCAGUGAGAAAUCUUGUGGACCACUGUGGGACCAACUGGGAGAGUGCUUGACUGAAGUGAUUACAAAAAUGGAAUGUGUACGAUCAAAGAGGGAAUCUGCUAAAGCUUGGAUAACGCUUAUCAGUUAUGUGGUUGAUGGCAUGAAAUGCGGUUAUAUGGACGAAUGGAAGCGAAAAGCAAGUGGUCGGCUAACGUCCAAUGGUUGUCCGAAUCCGAAGUUGUCCGAAACUCACGAGAGCCGCUAAAUUUCAGCUUUUAACCCCUCCUCCCCUCCCAAACUCUCCGAUUGCCCCUCGUGCUGAUGCGGCUCUAGAAUUUAACUUUUGCCUUAUCGAAGCCCCAUCGGCCUUGAGCAAAUGCUCGAAUCAUUCCAUCAUUU